UAGUGGUCUCUUGCCAGCUCGCGCAGAGUCUGACGCGGGCUAACUACACUACUAGAUAGCAUGCGAGAGGUCCUGCGUUGCAUCUUCUGGUGCCUCCGAGGUACGCAGAGCACACGGAUCGGUCAGAUCGCGCUCUGCAACGGAGCAGUUUCAGAGAAAACCGCCUUUAUUUUCUGACCUUCUUUGCCCGUUAAUUAAGCAGGUCA